AUGACUGACCAGCUGCUAAUCAAUGAAACUACGUCUGUUUUAUAUCACACAAUAACAAGGUAUGAAGAAAUAAACGCUCCUGCAACGAGCCCUGCACCAUCUGCGGGGAUAAACAGCCUGGACUUAUUGCAUCUAAUUCUUCCGUACAGCGCUAUCUUCGUUCUCGCAGUUUCCGGUAAUAUCCUGGUCAUCGUCACGUUACUGGUCAACAAAAGAAUGAGAACAGUCACAAAUGUAUUUCUCUUCAAUUUGGCUAUUAGUGAUUUCUUGUUGGGUGUUUUCUGUAUGCCGUUUACAUUGACUGGAGUGCUUUAUAGAGAGUUUCUGUUUGGGAGUGCUUUGUGCAAACUCAUUCCGUAUUUUCAAGCUGUAAGUGUGAGCGUCAGUGCUUGGACAUUAGUGUCAAUGUCAGUGGAAAGAUAUUUUGCUAUUUGUCACCCGCUGAAGUCAAGGAAGUGGCAAACAUUAUCUCAUGCAUAUAAAAUGAUAGCAGUUGUGUGGAUGGGUUCACUCAUUUUCAUGCUGCCAAUUCUUAUACUAAGUCAACUGCAAAAUAUUAAAGGCACAGAUAAACACAAAUGUCGAGAACAAUGGCCGAGCUUAACAGCAGAAAAAAGUUUUACAGUUUUCCUGGAUGUCUUCUUGCUGCUUUUACCCUUAGUUCUCAUGAGCGCUACAUAUUCACUGAUCAUUCGCACUUUGUGGCAGACAAUGGUUGUAUCUGCAGGAGAGUCCCAAGUUACAGAGAAUGAAGUUCGUUUCUGCUGGAAAACUUCUCCCAACCUUAAUCGACAUACUACAACUUCCACAAUGUCCACCUUCACAUCCACCAUAAAUUCUGCUACAUUCAACAGCACACCAGGGACACUUUCAGGAGAGCCAACUAUGCGGAAGAGUAACGUUGAGCGAGGAAUUAUUCAGAAGAAGAGAAUAAUAAAAAUGUUGUUUGUUGUGGUUCUAGAAUUUUUCAUAUGCUGGACUCCAUUGUAUAUCAUUAACACUAUUUCUCUUUUUGAUCCAAGUAUAGUGUAUAGUAAAAUUGGAUACAAUGGCAUUUGCUUUCUGCAGUUAUUAGCUUAUACUUCUUCAUGUUGUAAUCCUGUGACAUAUUGUUUUAUGAAUAGCAGAUUUCGAGAAAGCUUUUGCAGAUUAUUUCCAUGUAACUGCAAAAAUAUCAGAUAA